AUGGGCUUGUUCCAAUCCAAGCCUGCCGUCGGGCCCGGUAACAAGGUGCGUUGCAACGUAUCGAAUGCAAAAGAGAUCAAGAUUCAUUGCGAUGAUACGAUCGAGCAAAUUAUGACGCAACCGCCAAAGCCGUCUUCUCCAGAUGGUAAAGGCUUGUAUUUUGGCGAUUUCAAGCCAUUCUCUGCUUCUCAUUUUAUGGAUGACAUGCUCAUGUUCUUGGAUCUAGUAGGAUCUGCUGUCAUGCUUGGUGCUACCGCAUUUGUGUACUUGAAAAAGGUGGCAUGGGAAGAGGCCAAGCCCAUCUUCAUUAUGAGCACUGGCAUCUUUUUCUCUCUCUUUGCUAUUUGCUCUGUCAUUUCGUAUAUUCGCGGUCGUGUCGUAUUCACUGGUGUGCGCAUGACCGAGUCUCAGCCUAGAGAGCUCGAAUGUAUUUUAAUCAAAUCCCCAUACACGCAUAAAGCCGUGUUGAGCGAUGAGAAGACCAAAGAAGGUAAGCGUGUGCUCAUCCCACCUGUGUAUGAACUCUAUGUGGAAUACAUGCGUCUAGGCUCUGAUAACCGCACUGUGUGUGCACGCAAAAAAGGGCGCGUCAUUGUUGGAAAUUUUGGCGAAUGGUUCACAUCUGAGGGCGAGUUCGUCCGGUCGGCGUUUGAGGCCCACCUAGUGUCGAGUAUACAGAAACAUGUGAAUGCUUAG